AUGCACUGUACUUUAGAGCUCUGCGCCAGAACGUUUACAACGCCUUACUACGACAACUUUAGUGCAGCACCGCUAGUCGGGCCUCGCACAGCACUGGUGACGACCAGAGAUGGCACUACCGAGGGCAAUGCUGCUAGUGCAUUUAUUGGGUUGGAGCCGGCCAGUCCAGGUCAACUGCCCGAAGAGACAAAGUUCAGGAUCAACUACUGCAACUACAAAGACAUCGCUAAAUACCUGGUGGACCUAUUUACAACGUCCAUGAGCACUACUGGAGUGGUGGGAACAACCAACGACAGCUCUACAUCUGGGACCAACCAACAGAUUCGUCAACGCAUUACGCCAGGACUAGGUUUGGCUUUUAGUCAGUUCGACAACAUAGCAGAGCUCAUGGAUGAGGUUGCCAACAGCAUGACGGAGGCGUUCCGAACGUCGGCCAAUAACACAGUCCUCGACGGUGUGGCGAUGAGCAGUGUCACGUACAUUGAGAUCACCUGGCCACCACUAAUCCUCCCUAUCAGUUUAGUUCUCAUGACAUUUACGAUACUCAUAGUCAUGAUCAUCCGCAACAAUCAGCGCGGGAUGCCUAUAUGGAAAAGCUCGAGUUUGGCGUUGUUAUUCCAUGAGCUUUCAGGCUGGGAUAGCUCUAAAACUACGGCCACCGGUCCUGAAGAAGUGGAAGAGCGGGCGAAGAGCAUGCGCACAAGGGUUACGAAUGGUGGCGGAAAGCUGUUGUUCUCUAAGGCAGACAGUACUACCAUCGCUGGGGUGGUGACCCUGAGAAUAGACAAUGUCCCCAUUCAUAUCAUCGGUGGAAACUCCGACAAUUCGGAAUCGGAGCGUAAUACCACGAGCGAUGACCUGUCUGGAGACGAGACCGAUGGAAGUGGCGACUUCCCUGAGGCCAUUGGUGUUGAUAUUUCGGUGCCAUCUCCACCAGUUAGUUCGACCGGGCAAUAUCCUAUGGGACAAUCAGAGUCGGAAAGUCCCUCCAACAAUAAUGGAGAGCCUGAUCAACAGCUUGAGACUGCGUCUCAUUCAUCAUCUCCAGCAUCUCAGAUUAGUGGUCAAAUAUCAAAUUUCCCUGGUCAGCAAGCCCAGGUCCAGAUCCAUGGUCAUGGGGUUCAGUCGGAGACCGGCAUAGGCACUUUGCCAUCAGGCGCUCCCGAUUCAUUCAUCUCCCAGGAGUCUGCAAAUGAAGGCUUUGGUCAAGUUUUCCAGUCUGAUGCCGCAGAGAGCGCAAUGCCCUCACACAAUGGCACACAGUCUGCGUCUGGGGCUGCCACGACUGGGGGACAGGGCUCAGCCGCCACCUACUCGACGCAGGAGUCACUACCGGGAUACGUGCAGCAAUUUCCUGUGUCGCAGCCAGGGUACGAGCAGGGUGGACAAAUUUCGUUAUUUCCUUCAGAUGGAAAUGCUCCCUACGACGAUCAGCAUCGGAAUCCCGCGCCAUCGGGGCCACCAGCCUUUUUACCCGGCAAUGGCAAUCGUCGGUUUUCCAAUCAUCUCAGCCUGAAUUCUGGGACUUCGUACCCGGUUAUGGACAGCGACAACCAGCUACAGCCAGGCUGGAGGGCAAACGCGAUUGGCGAUGCGUCUGGCGGUAGUUCAUUUUCAGCUCCUGUUGGGACGAAGCCCCCGUCAAGUCAGGGACUGCCUCUAGGCGCCCCGACUUAUGCGGCAUCUGAACAACAGCCUUCAGUGCCUGCUUUCACCACUACCGGAGGAUGGGCUCCGAAGAAGUCAGACUUUGAUGCCGACUCUUGCGGUGUUCCUAAUGCUGAAAUGAAUCGCAAAGGGCAGGCCCAAGAUGCAGGGCACAUGUCAGCCGCUCAACCGGGGCCGUUCUCCAACCAAGUCGUAUCUCCAUCGUGGCCAGUGGAAACUGGACAGGGAAACAAUCAGAGCUACCUUUCUCCGACUACUGCGCAAGCCCUCGAGUCUUCGUACGAUCCAUGGGCACCACAGACAGGGGCUUCAAAUCCGUCGAAGACAGACCCGUGGGAAGGAGCACAGACUACAGGCAUGGGCAAGCCGAAUUCAGCCUGGGAUUCCCAGGCUGAGCCCAUGUAUCCUGGCCCAUCAGCAAAGCCUUAA